CUCACCAAACACUACUGCUUCUUGACGAUCGGCCCCCUUGCAGAUCAAACUUCAAACCCUCACACCACCUGCAGGAUUGAAAAGCUUUGAAUAGUUCUUCAACUUUGCACACUGGUGAUGGCUUCAAAACGCAUCACUAAGGAGUUGAAGGACCUACAGAAGGACCCUCCUGUUUCCUGCAGUGCUGGUCCUGUUGGUGAAGACAUAUUUCAUUGGCAAGCUACAAUUAUGGGCCCUGCAGAUAGCCCUUAUGCUGGUGGUGUCUUCCUAGUGACCAUUCACUUCCCUCCGGAUUAUCCUUUCAAACCACCGAAGGUUGCUUUUCGAACAAAGGUAUUUCACCCUAAUAUCAACAGCAAUGGAAGUAUCUGUCUUGAUAUUCUGAAAGAGCAGUGGAGCCCUGCUCUUACAGUUUCCAAGGUGCUGCUGUCAAUCUGCUCCCUGCUGACAGAUCCAAACCCAGAUGAUCCUUUGGUGCCUGAGAUUGCUCACAUGUACAAGACUGACAGAGCCAAGUACGAGAACACUGCCCGUUCUUGGACUCAGAAAUUUGCCAUGAACUAGCAGUACUUGGUGUGCUUUUGAUUUUGCUUCUGGGUGGUUCAUGGGCAAACAAAUAGGUUUAUACAUAAAACAAGUAGUGUGGCGCUUCUAUGUUAUUUUAAUAGUUAUCCGUACUUAAAGAUUGAGGUUUAAGGGGUUUUACAGCGUUUGCCCAGAGCUUGUAUCUCCCCACUUUAUAUUUAAAAUAUGCAUUCUAGAUUUCAAAUUUGACCGUUGCCAUUACGUAUCA